AUGGCCGGUGUCAACACCCAGAGCUCACGUCGCGGUUGUCCCCCGAGGAAACGAGCACGCAUCGACAGCUAUCUUGAUAAUUCAUCCCCAGCUGAAGAUUUAACCGAGACCGCUGAGGUCGUCUCGGAGGCUUCUUCUACUAGAAAGAAAGGCCCCGAGCAAGGCAACGAGAGGCAUAUGCCUUGCGGCCCAUGCGUCACCAGGGCUUCCACUACACCCGGCCAGAAAUGCUACAACCAAGGUGGACUUGGCGUUGCCUGUUGGCAAUGCGCAAAGAGUAAUCAUCAGAAGACAUGCGUUCCUGUUCCCUUGCAUAUCCAGUCGAAGCUCAAAGCUUGGUGGGACCAGAACCGUACCGAGAGGGAGGACGAUAGCCGUACCAAGGAAUUUAUGGAAGAACUCCAUAACAUUAUCAGGGAGAUCAGAGCACACAACAAAGUCAAUGUACAACCCCCUCUCUCUGCUACUCUUGGCUCAUCCUCUGCGGGCCAAUCUCUGAGUACCAGCAUUCGUAAAGUCGAGGCUUUCGAGGCCAUUGCCAACUCGGCCGCCAAAUCUGCUGAGGCCUUGAGCCUCCUUGUCAAAAAUACAGACCAGAUGAAGGAUGGGUUGAAAUAUGGAGGAUCAGACGAAGCCGAAGAGGAAGAAGACUGUUCCUCUUCUCCUUCUCGAUCUACCGAUGAGGAAUCAAUUCUAGCCGUCAAAGAUCACUAUAUCUCUCUUCUCUCCGAGCGCUACGAUUCAACCGAUAAACCCCUGAUCUCCGUCAGCGAUCGAGACGCCCUCCUCGCUCUCGCUGCCGCCCGUGAUGGCACUAUUGGCGGUCUGCUCCAACGAAAGUACAUCGUAGCGAGCACCCGCUAUCGCAAGGAGCGUAGCAGGCGCACGUCAGGCGCACGGAAUCAUGGCGCUACGGGCUCGGCGGUCAGGCUGAGAGGCCCCGGUAUGGAAGCGGCGCAGCACCGCCUUGUGGCAUCAGAAGUACUCGAAGAUCUUGCGGGGGAGGGUCAUGAUGGAAUGAACUUCGAUAUGUAA